CGAAUGUACACACAUCUGUAACAACGCAGUAAUUAGUUUAAUCUUGAAAGUAUUAUAUUGACAAACUCUGUGAAGAAAUUUGUGUGUUAUUAAUAGGGCAUUUAGAGGAUAGUUGAUGCAAAUGUUUAAAAAGUUGUUCAAGAAGCCUUCAAAGGCUGAAAUUUCCGAAACAGUUACCAGCGCGUCGACAAUACCGUCCCCGAACAAGAGCACCCACACCAACCAAGCCGAGCCCGGUCAGACCGCACCCCCGCUCCAGCGCAGAGUCUCCAAACACGAAAAUUAUGAACUGACCAAAGCCGCAUCCACCCCUUUACUGCCCAGGACACCAGUUACCAGCGCGUCGACAAUACCGUCCCCGAACAAGAGCACCCACACCAACCAAGCCGAGCCCGGUCAGACCGCACCCCCGCUCCAGCGCAGAGUCUCCAAACACGAAAAUUAUGAACUGACCAAAGCCGCAUCCACCCCUUUACUGCCCAGGACACCAGGAAAGCAAUCCCUGAUUGUGGCCGCCUUCGACUUCGGAACCACUUACAGCGGAUAUGCAUUCUCUUUCAAAGACUCUCCAAAUGACGUCAUAACUAACAAGAGUUGGACUGCCGGGUCUGCUAAACUAAUAUCGCUUAAAACACCGACAAGUGUUCUUCUCAAUAAGGAUGGUGAGUUCGACUCCUUUGGAUUCGACGCCGAGGAUAAGUAUUCAUCUUUGGCAGAGGAUGAAAAACACCAUGGUUGGCGACUAUUUAGAAGAUUUAAGAUGGUUCUACACAGUCAGCAAAUUUGGCGGUCAGCAACAGUUGAAGAUUUGGAAGGUAAAACUUUCCCAGCCAAACCGUUAUUUACGAUGUCGCUCAAGUAUCUACAACAACACUUGUUGGACGCCUUGAGUAUGAGUAAAAUUGGGACAAGAGAAACUGACAUCAGAUACAUAAUAACCGUACCUGCUAUCUGGGGAAUAGCUGCCAAACAAUUCAUGAGAGAAGCAGCGAUUGAAGCUGGUAUCGAUGGUGCCCGUCUAAAAUUGGCGUUGGAGCCGGAGGCAGCCGCGGUCUGUUGUGAGGCCCUCGGUCACACGUUAGCGGGAGAAAAGUUUAUGGUCGUUGACAUUGGAGGUGGAACUGCUGACAUAUCUGUCAACGAAAAACAAAGUGAUGGCUCAUUGAAGAAUAUUCACGCCCCAAGCGGCGGUCCUUGGGGCGGAAUAUAUGUCGAUGCAAACUUCAUAGCGUUUAUGACAGAAGUAUUUGGGACAAUGGCCAUUACUGCUUUGCAGAGUAAAGACAUGUACGAUUACUUUGAUAUGAUUCGUGACUUUGAGGUAAAGAAGAGGAAAUUCGAGUUUGAUUCUCAGACUGACAUCACCUUUCGCAUCCCAGUGGUACUCAAGGAAAUUUCAGAGGAGCAGUUUCAUCAGUCUUUAUCCGACCGACUGAGAUCUUUGAAAUACGGUAAACGAGUUUUCACGAGAGGUAGAGAUAAGCUUGGUGUCGACUCGUCAAUCAUGCAAAGUUGGUUUACGGAUCCAGUUUCCAAGACGGUGGAUCAUAUAAGCAGUGUUCUUAAAGAAAAACGAAUGAAAGAUGUUGGUCUAAUCGUCUUAGUUGGAGGGUUUGCGGAGAGUCCAUACGUACAGCAGAGGAUUAAGGAAGAACUUCCUGGGAUGAAGCUGACAGUUCCUGGAGAAGCGGGUCUUGCCGUGCUGAAGGGAGCCGUGAUGUUUGGACACAAGCAUGACAUCAUUUCAUCCAGGGUAAUGGAUUAUACGUAUGGGAUACAUGUAUGGGCUUAUUAUGACGAGAAAAUACAUCCUGCCGAAAGAAAAGUUUAUCAAGACGGAGCAUGGAUAGUCGACAACCUUUUCGAUAUAUUUGUUAGAGCGAAUGAAGAUGUGCCAGUUGAUUCCAAAGUGAGCCAUAGAACCAUCCCUUCAUCUCAAAGUAGUAGAAUAAGCAUAUACAGAACAAAAAACAGGGAACCGUAUUUCACAACAGAUCCUGGAUGCGAAAAACUUGGUCAUAUUGAUAAGAACAGCAACAGAGACAUUCCACUGAAGGAACAGAUAACAAAGACAACGUUUAUGUUCGGAGACACCGAGUUGCAUAUAUGGUGUGAGAACGUUAAGACUGGCGAAGUGGAGACAUUAACACUUGACCUGAGCAAAUGAAACUGUCACUAUAGAUACGCGGAAUCAACCAGUUUUGCAAGUACUGGCUAUUUUUUAUGUAAAGACUUAAUUGUUUGAUAGAAGAACCGAACGAGAUAUUGCCUUUAGAAAGAGAGUGUAAAAUAAUCCAGAUAAAUAAACGGUUAUUUUAAAUUUUACAAGUAUGUACAUGGUGUUAUGUGUAUCUAUCAAAUAUGCACAUUCGUUCAGUUAAAAGGAGUAUCUGUUAUACAAAAAGUCAAACAAGUAAAACAUGUACCUUUCGUGUAUCCUGUUAAUCAAAAGAAGGCUAAUCAAUACCCGCGACCAUGUGAAAUAUCUUGGAGUGUAAUAUUCAUAAAACAUUUCAACACCGAAUACGUUUAUAAUUAUGAAAAAGUAACUAUGCUUUUUAAAAUUAGCACAUGAAACCAACGUGAGUUCAGAAUAAUGCCUGCUUUUUCAACUGACAACACAUUACUAUAUUUUGCUUUGUUUUGUUUUGUGCUUUUUAAUUAUGUUCUAUAUGAUUUUACUAGAUGUAGUUGUGUUUUUUUAUAGCGUUAGUGUUAUUUCACAUAAUUCGUUAUGCUCAGUUAUUAUAUGUUUAGAAAAGGAUAUACUAUAUCAAAUAUUCAUUAAAAUUUAUAAUCUGUAAUAGGUAC